AUGUACACAUAUAUCUUGAAUUGGGUUGCUAAUCGGUUUUUGAAGGAAAACCAGCUUAACAGACUUGGAGUGGAGGAUCCUUACUAUGAGAAUGUUCCUAUCAGUACGAACGAGAAGACGGGUAAGACAAAGUACAAGAAGGUGAAGAGAGAGGUGCCCAAGGGUCUUCUGCAGAAUGACUUGAACGUUUUGCAGACUGUGAGAACGAAGGCUUAUCGUUACGAUAUGUGGUUCAGUUUACUUGGUUUCAAGUUGGGGUGGGCUAACGUCAUUGGUGUGGUUCCUAUCUUUGGUGCCAUCGUUGCCAACUACUGGUCAUUGCUGAUUUACUGGCACGCAAGGUCUUUAGACGACGGUUUGCCAUUGGACAUUACGCUUUUGUUCUUCUUUAAUAUCGCUAUUGACUUUUGUUUAUCGUUUAUUCCAAUUAUCGGGCAAUUGAUCGAGAUUGGUUACAAGGCCAACCUGAGAAACUUCUUGUUGCUUGAAAAGCAUUUGGAGAGGGUCGGUGAGAAGAACUUGGGCUUGAUUUCCGAAUCUGAGGUUCGCCCAGGCUUUAUCAACGAUAAAGUGCAGCCAUUUGUCGAUGACACUAUCAAGCCAGGCGCCGUUAAGGCCAGUGAAUCUUUGAAGCAUCUUGUUCAGAAUAGCCUUGGCUCUUCUGGCACGUCAUCUCCUAAUUCCCAAAACACUGCAGAGCCUACAAUUCAGGGCUCUGAAGCCACUGCUACGGCUACCAUGGACAGUUUCACUGAAGACGACGCUAAGAGCGUCAGAAGUCUUGUGGCCAACAAGCGCCGCACCUCAGAUCAGUGA